AUGUUCAUCUCUGAGUGGCACGACGGCGCCUGGGGCAAGGGCGAGCUGAAGCCCUACGGGCCGCUGCCGAUGAUGCCCAGCGCUCAGGUCCUUAACUAUGGGCAGGCGGCGUUUGAGGGCAUGAAGGCGCAGCGGUCGGCCAAGGACCGCAUCGUGCUCUUCAGCGCCGCCCGGGUGGUGUGA